AGCUUAGAACCAAGAUAGCAAAAUUAGAAUACAUUAUUGAGAAAAAUGAACUUAAAAUACUCUGUUCCGAAGAAAAAUAUAACAAAAAUAUUGCUAAUGAACAGGAUAUACCUCCUAUAGAAGAAGUCCAGUUCAUAUCAUCUGAGAGAACCAAAACUAUUACUGAUACGGAAAAUGUUUCAACUGAGAACAGCUUUGAAGAUUCAGAACAGAAUCCUAAUGUUAAUAGUUCUGGUAAGAUAAACUUGCAGACUGAUGAUACCUCCACAUUUAACAUAACUGAUGAAGCUUCAAAUUCCGAUAAACCCAAUAAUGCUUCAGAGGUCAAUGCAUUCCUAGAUUCAAAGUAUAAGGAAAAGGCUAGUAAGGAUAUAAUUCAAAAUAUCAAGGAGAAGCUUCGGGAUCAAGAAGCCUCUUCAGAAAAACUAGACUCUUCAAGAAAAUUAGAGAAGUUGAUGUCACCUCUAUUAUCAUCUGAAGCUAGUACAUACGUGCCAGGUGAAGUUGUACAAGGUUUGUUACAAAGAUUUUUAAUAAACUCUAUAGAAGGAGAAAAUAUUGAAAUCAUGAAUAGUAAGCCUUCAUAUUCUGCACCUGCUGAGCUUGCUCAUUUGUUAUAUCAGGCUAGUAAAGCAAGAAAAAAAUCUAUCAAAGCUAAUGAAGUCUCACACAGUGAGGAUGCUAUUGCAUCUAAAUCUUUACAGGAGGUAAACAAUGAUCGAGGUUCCGACUAUGAAUACGAUUUUGAAGAUCCCUUCGAUAACAGCGAAGAUGACUCACGGAGUAAGGAUGCUAAUGCGUCUAAAGAUGAUGAUGGGUUCUAUGGAUUUUCUGACGAUGAUGAUGAAGGAUAUUAUUAUGAUUUAAAUACUGAAGCUAGCACAUCCGUGUUAAAGAUGAUCUGCAUCCGAAGUUUUUAUAUUAGCCUUGCUAGCUCCGCUAUUGAUUUUCAGCACAUGUCUUGUCAAAGUGAGGCGUCAUCAUCUUCCGCUGAUUCAUCAUCUUCUGCUCGUCCAUCAUCUUCCGCUGAUUCAUCGUCUUCUGCUCGUGCAUUACCUUCCGCUUAUUCAUCAAAUUCUUCAGAUUCAAGUCAAAGAUUCGCAAAUAUCAUCUCUACAUGGAAAUCCUCACGAACAACAUCGGAAUAUUUCCAACAGCUUGAGAUUCAUUAUCGGACCAAACGGGAAUUGGAAGUGAUUGAAAGUCGAAAGACUAUUGAUCUCGCCGAAAUCGACCGUAUGAAGGUUUCUCAAUUACGGAACAAUACAGAAUCAGUAACAAAGAUCCAUCAGCAUGUUUCUGACGGCUUUGUAGAAUUUACUAAAGAAAAUACAAGAAUACAGAAACGCACGUUGGAAGUUAGUGAAAGUAGCUCUAGUAAAAAGCAAAAGCCUGAGGAUGAAAACGCAGGUUACGAAUCAGAAGAAAGUGAUUUGGAUGCAGAUGAUGAAAUGAGGAGUCUCGCACAGGACGAAGUAGAAAUUCGUAAUAAAUUGUUCGGUAUCUUGGCUGAAUACCAAAAUAAAGAUAAAGAAUCAGGAGAGAAUUAUAUGACUUCAGUAUGUCUUAAUGGCAUACUAGAUCUCUCUGACGAGAAGGUGUAUAAGACAGUUAAAAAGACUCUUGAUAUAAAUCAACUCAACUGGCUUGAAAAAGUUAUCAUGAAGAAAAACUGGAAAUCAACCCCCGAAUUUGUACAAUAUAUUGAGCAAUUUACUGAGGAUGCAUGUACUCGAGCCGAGAUUCCAACUAUUGUGCGCAAGUCCUAUGUCCCCGGGAGAUUUGAUCCUAGUUAUUAUGAAGCGCACGAUAUCGCCCAACAAAUAUUAACGCAUUUUUCUGUUCGACUUGAAGCUCCAAUGAGAAUCGAAUAUAAAGGCCUCGAUUUAGAAAGAACUUUUGCCAUCGACACCAUAGUGUACAUCUUAAAUCGACUAUUUAGGAUGCACCAAGACGAAUUAGAUGUUGCAUGGAUUGAACAAACUACUCCGGACACAAAAGACCAUAAAUUUGAUGGAUUGUACAAAGUGAUCAAGACAACCGGUAAAAGCCAGGUCAUAAUUAUUGUAGAAUUUUCAUAUGGAAGAAAAGCACCCGAGUCCAAAAAAGAUGGCGAUCAGUUAAAAUUGUGUCGAAACGCAAUGAGAACUCUAAACAAAUUAUUAAAAACUAUACCAAAGGACCGUGCACGAGUAUAUUUAGUACAAUCUUUCAAUGGGUUUAUCGAAAUUAAAUAUUUAGUUCGGCCAAUUCCAUCGAUAUAUGUACUUCAACGCUUUAUGCUUACCAAACUACCCGCCUCCUUUGGAGACUUUGAACAAUUCGCUAACAAUUUAAAAGAUCUAAUGAAUUGGCAGGCUGAUGUCUUGUCAACAGUUAGGGCAGUAAAUAAAGCAAUUGCAGUGGAUAAUAUAGGAGGAGGCAAUAAUCUCUGCUUAACUUCAGUAGACGAUACACCAUUAAAGAAAAAGAAGGCGGAAAAAAAUCAAACAUCAUCUCCUAAAUCUCCAUGUCCCGGGGAAGAUAAGAUAAAUUGGAUUAAGUCUUUUUCUACGUCAACUAUUUCGAGGUUGAGCGUGGAGAAUAUUGAACGUGGGUUAAAAGCAGAGGAUCCACUACCCGAUGGGGUAUAA